AUGGACGCGUUGCGGCUGAUUCGAGAUCACGUCGUAAACGGACACAUCUCCGCAUCGACGCACGACGCGAAUGAGAUCCAUCUCAGGGAAGCAGACGUCCCGCUGAGGCGAAGCGCGGAGACAAAUUACCGAUCCAAGGUCGGGAAUAAGCUGUUAAAGGUCGAGCAGAUAUGGUACUUCAUCAAGCACCAUGUGCAGAACCCGUCGAUGGCGCACACGGCGUAUAUGAAGGCGGCGAUCGCGGAUGGGUUCGCGACGCUGUCCAUGCUUGACAGGAACGAUUUGAUCGACUAUCUCACGGGGAAGAAAGCGACGAGCGAGCGGAUAGACGUCACGGCGGUGCUCGUGGACGAUGAGGCGGGUAUAGACGCUGGGAAGCGGGCGAGGGAGGACGAGGAUGAGGACGGGGUCCCGCGCGAGCGCGUGUUGAGAGAUAGGAACUCUGUCUUGCGAGCGCCAAAGGACAUGACGAGCGUCUUGGCCUUCUUCAAGGCGCCGGAGGAAGAGAUGGAGCGCCUGCAGGAAGAGAAACAGCAGGCGGAAGACUUAGCAAAAGGGGUGAAAAAUCAGAGGUACCGCGACGUGAAGGAGCAGGUGUUUUGGAGAGAGCACGUCGGGAGCGAUUUUGAUUUCAUGAACUUGGACACGAACGCCUCCUUCUUGAGCGGUCCUAAUCCGGGCGUGGCGAACGGGAUCGACGUCCCAUCGGAGCGACGUACGGCGCCUGCGGCGCAACCAUCCGCACCGAGCGGUCCUUCCUCGGUAUCGGCGCGCAAGCCGAGCGCGAUGCCAGCCAAGGCGCCUGUGAAGAAGAAGACGUCUGGCAUCCCGGGCGGCAUCCCGAUCAUCAUCGUGCCGGCUGGGUUCAACCAAAAGGUCGUGUUAAACAUGUUCAACGCCAAGGAAUUCUUACAAAACGGAAAAUUCACCCCCUGGGACGUCGUGCAAAAGUCCGGAGCGAAGAAAUCGAGCUCGGUGUACAUCUCGCGCACGUACAAGCGCGACGGAUCCAAGAUCAAGUACGAGGUCACCGAAAAGGCCCCGCACAAGCGAUCGGAAGACUGGGCGCGAGUCGCAGCCUGCUUCGUUCUCGGAGCCAAGUGGCAAUUCAAAGACUGGCCCUUCCGCGGCGUCGAGGACGGUGAUCUCGUCGAGACAUUUUCGAAGAUUCGUGGCUUUCACGCCCGAUUCGACGGCGACCCGGAGAUCGACGUCGUCAAGACCUGGAACGUCAAAACCAUCACCGUGAGUCGAACCCAGCGUCACGGCGACCGAGCCGCUUUCGAGUUCUUCUGGGACGAGCUCGACAAGCACCUAGCCCUUCGCUCGAGCGCGCUCAAGUAUUAG